AUCAGAUUUUCUCAAGAAUUCCAAAUAAAAAGUCGAUUUGCAAUUGGAACUAAAUUAGAGUACGUUGUUAUUCAGUCUACGUUAUUUGUCCAAACAUUUUUCAAUUUGGUUGCAACAGACAAAUUUUGAAUUCCAUUCGCCACUCACAGUCAUCUGUCAAAAGUCCUGUCAUUCAUUUUAGCGGUGAAAAGAAUUUCUCAUAGACACAACAGAGAGAUUGAUUUAUUGUGGCACGCAUUACAAUUACUUCACACCAUAAACAUUUUCGUUGAUCGAUAAAGUACGAAGCAAUCAAUAUUUACUAGUUUUAUUUUUUGGAUUAUCUAUUCGGGAUUCCAUCGGUACAUUUAAAAGAAGCAUGGCGUCCACCAUUUCGAAGAUCAAUUUUGAUUUCAAAAUUCCAAACAUCAGUCAACUGAACACAAUUGAUUCUCCGAGUGUUGUUGUUCAAGGCGUGCCAUGGUUCGUUCAAGUCCAGAAGCUUAACGGAUCGCUUGCCAUUUUCUUGCGAUGCAAAGGCACGGGAAAAUCGACAAAUUGGUCAUAUGUUGCUCAAGCAACAUUCAAAUUGCUACCGUUCAACGGCAAAAUGAAGGCAAUUGAAAGAGAUUUCGCCAAUGUUUUUGACUAUAAGAAACGAGGUUAUGGUUAUCAAUCGAUGAUCAAAUGGAAUGAUUUGUUCGACAAGGGAAAAUUCUUCGUGCAAGAUGAUGCAAUUAAUUUGUCGAUUGAAAUUGAGGCUGCUGAUGCAAAUAAUAUCAAUGCAAGCAAAUUGAUUGUGGACAUCGACAAAAGUUCUGAUGAAGGUUGUACUGCACGGCUGAAGAUCGAAAAUAUCGACAAAUUGAUUGCGGUUAAAUCUCAUGACUUUCAAUUAAACAAUAUGUCAUGGUAUUUAAUAGUAUCCAAAUGGAUGAAUUGUCUAAAUUUUCGGGUAGCUCAGAUUUUAGAAGACGGCACACCAACUGAACUUCCGAUGGAUAUUAAAUGGUCGGUCAAAAUAAAUUCAACGAAUAUUGGACCAAUUGAAGAGACAAAAAACGAGCGAAUACUACCCGGAAAUUUGUCACAGAUAAAUUUGAUUUCCUGGAAUGAAUUGUGUCACAAGGAAAGUGGAUUUGUUGUGAAUAAUUCGAUUGUUAUCGACAUUCAAUUGAAGGUUGAGAAACCAAAAGGUGCUGUUGAUGUUCCAAAGGCGAUAAAACGUAAAGCAUCAACUGAUGCGAUACAAUUGGAAUGCGCAAUUUGUUUACACAGCAUUCGAGAUCAAGCACUUGGUGUCACCCCAUGCGGUCAUAUGUUCUGUUUACUAUGCCUCGUAAAAACGGCUAAAAUUCACAAAAAGUGCCCAACGUGCAAUGACCGUGUCACUUCAAAUCAAGUGAAACGCAUCUUUUUGCCAAUCGUGAACUAGACCAAAAUGAAACUGAUCGAGAUUCACCAUUCAAUUUACGGACUCGGCUUAACGAUACAUUAGCGAUAGAAAAAUCAACAUAAAAAGUGUAAUCUUAUAACAAGAUUAUUAUUCGAUUAAUUUGCGUUAUUUUGGUACAAAUAUUCCAAUCAAAUGAAACCUUAUUAUGCUAGCAUUAUAUAUUUUUUACUAGAUCAAGUGUGAUGUAUUUAUGAU